UAACUGGAAUGUAAGCCGGUUAACAGCGCCUAACAACUGUGAAAAUUAUUAAAUGAAUAUAAAUUUACAUUGAUAUGUUUCAAAAAACUAUAAUAACCACGCGAUUGUGAUUGUGAUUCUAGCUAAAAGCAGAGGAUCUGUCUCUGCAGCAGUGAUGAUAUAGCAGUGAUGAUAUAUAUGCUAAUUCCGAAUACAUUUGGUGUGGCUGGUCCGCUGACACCGUGUAAUAAGGAGUUUUCAUGGCCCCUUGAACGCUCACGCUUACCAAGCGAGGACAUUUUAAUUGAGAGUGUUGCGAGGAAGGACGACGCCGCUGAUGUCGAUGAUGGCGGUUGGCGCGGUACUUGGCCAGCUGCCGCUCCUUCUUCCGCUCGUUCCGCUUCUCUGGAGCGCCUCAAGUGCGGUCCGACGUCCUCGGUACUCGGCACUCGGCGCCAUUCCUCCUUGGAUUUGGCCAACUGGUUGUUGGGCUGCGGGGUCUGCCUUUCUGCUCAGGUGUUGAUGGAUGAAAAUUCUGAGGGCAACUGCUGAGUGGCGGACACUUGGACGACAAACCGGUGUAUUCAGAGUUAGCCAUGGAUAAGAUCCUGGAAGUUAACCGUAGUUUACGAAGCCCAAGCCAAACUUAACUGCGAGAAUUAAUUCCCUUGUCUAGAGCGGAGAUUAAGUAGGAUAUUCACAUUCAUAUAUUUUAUAAUUUUACUAUGCUAAGUUUACCCUCUUCAAACUGCAUCAUAUAGACAUCACUUUGUAGAAUAUUCUUUAAACUUUGUUUUAAAGUUAGGUAUUAUUAUAAAGAAGUUCACCUUUUGAGCUAUUUUAUAAGUAUAUUAGUCAAAUUGGGCAAAUCCUUAAAAAAGCUGCGAAAUGAGUGCCUAUUUAAAUAAUAUUAAUGAUAACUUAACAGCCACAUCCCUUUGCAUUUCUGAUUGGGUUAAUAAAUAUGCCUAAAUAGUGUGAGAAAACAAAAACAACACGAACAAGCAGGCCAAGAGCAAUUCAUAAGUAAUUUCCAUUUUGGGACCAAGAGGAAAGACAUCAUUAAUUUGCCCUCUGGGGAAAUCGGGGCAAAGGGGGAAGCGACAAUUGCCAAAAAUAUUUACAGGCAAAACAGAAGCUGGCACAACAACAAUCAGCCACCCCAAACCCACCCACUCCUUCCGGCUGCCCACCCACCCACUCACUUUAAGUUCGUUCCCAGCGGAGCAAAAGAAGUCGAAAUGAAAUCAGCAGAAAAUUCAAUGAGCAGCAAGGAGUGGCAUGAGUUCUCGAUUCGGCUUCGGCUACACUGGAAAUAAAACCAUUUAAUAGUUGAGCAUAGUUUUGUGUUCACUUGGUUCUGAAAAGUUUAAUGAAAAUGAUAGGUAUUAUAUUUAAACAAAUUAUUUAAAAAUAUUAUAAUCCCAAUUUUGUGAGAUAGACAUAUGUAUGAAUUUCUUAUAUUUUUAUCCUUUAUUAUAAAAUUGUUACAUAUAAAAAUACUCAUUAUUUUCGGUGCAUUGUUCUCUUGGAGUUUUCCACUGAUAUCAGGCAGUCAGACGCCCUGUCGUCGGUGGUUGAUGGCUGCAAUUGAUGGCUGGCAGGCAACCGCUGCCCCACCCACCCAAAACUCCGACCCGCCGCCGCCCACAUCGUUUGGCUAGCGAAGGGGUUGUGAUGCCAGGACCUUCCUAUUUGCGUGUGUGUGUGUGUGUGCGUAUCAGCUGCUUAAGCCAGAAUUUUGGGGGAGUUCGGCAUGGCACUAGAUGUUAGGAGAGUGCGGGGCGGGGGUGACGUGCAAAUGCCAGAAAAAUAUUAUGUGACAUGAUAAAUAUUGCACACAGGGGGAUUUUUCGAGGCUAUAAACGAGGAUACAGCCGUUGUUGUUGUCAGCAUCAUUGCCGAAAUAAUAUGACAGAUUCAUUCAUGAACCUGAUGAGGAUGGCGAUAAGUUGUUGCUGUGGUUUCGCAUCUUCUGCCAGCUGCGGCGGCACUGGGUGUUACUUGUGGGUGUAUCCUUGUGGGUUAUGCAAAUUGCGAGGGAUUGAUAUGCGCACCGCUGGUUUGGGUGUGCCUAGAACGGUGGGCUGUCAAAAAUAUAGAUAUGAAUUGACCAAGUCCUUGAAGAGGAUUUAAUUAAUUGGGUUUUUUAAGCUUCUAAAGAAUAUUGAAGAACAUUUAAUUCGCGGGUAGAAUCAAAGUAAACUAUAUUUAAGAAAUAAACAAUAUGAACUUGGACCAUUAAAACCCUAUCUUGUUUUUAAAUUCUGUUCAAAAAUCAGUUCAUCAUCAAAAGAAAUUUUCCUCACUUAUGUCAUAAAAUAAAUGUAUAAAAAUGAAACAGUCAUAGUUAAUAA